AUGAAAAUGGACAAUUAACAUAUUUUUACCAGAGAAAAAAAAAGGACAUUUAGCAGACAAAAAUAGAAAGAAUCUAUAGACGAUGAUUAUUAUAAGUGCAUGAAUUAGCUCUUGCGUGGAAGAAGAAUCAUAGCAUCGUUCUCUCUCCCAAGAAAAAACUCCAAAACCCUAAACCAAAUCGACGAAGAUGCCAAUUUUUAAUACUGGUAAAGACGAUUUAGCUGUGGCGAAUCUGCUUUCACAAGCUAAAGAUCACUACGUUCUUGAACAAGUCGCCAAAAUCAACUGCUCUGGCUUCACCGACGACUCUGCUCUUCCCUCUAAUCACGAAACCCGUUUCCGUCGUCUCAAAUCUCUUCCGGUUUCUCGACCUGACUCUGUUUCGUCUUCCUCGAAGAAACUUCUCUCUCAGUCCAAGAGCAAGGCAAGUUACCCUAAGAAGAAGAGUCGUGGAAACGUUUCCUCUGUUUCUUCUUUUUCAAGUUUCUCGGGAAAUCUAACUGGAAACUCUUGUCCUUUAGAUUCAUCUGUCGGAAUCAAACGUGAUACGAGUGUAAAUUCGAGGUUUGAGAAUAAUUCACGAGGUGAGUUCGGAGAUUUCUCAGAUUCUGGGAGAAUUGGCUAUAGUUCAACAAUACGGAUAAACCCUAAGUUUUUGACUCCAACAACACAAACCCUGAAGCUUCGUCCUAAACAGAACUCAAGAACCAGUUCAACUUCACUAACCUCCAUUGAUUCAGCUUCCCCAUCAUCUUAUCUGGACCAAAAAGAGAAAUCGAAAUCGAGGUUUUUAAGAUCAUGGUUUGAUAAGUUACCCCUAGCACAAGCCAUGGGUUGCUUACAAGGCAAGUCUUCAUCCAAAAGCAAAAAGACAAAAGAGAGCUGCGUAGAAGGAUUGUUUUGGGAAGAAGAAUUCAAGAAGGCGAAGAAGAGAGUCGAAGAAGAGUCGAAGCAAAAGAAAAUAAUGUUAAAAACUCGUCAAAAUGUCAAAGAAGGCCAGGUCUGACUGAUUCAAUACUUAAUCGACUACUAGGAAAUUUAAGUCCAUAUAUUUUUAGGACCAUGUAGCUCAAAAUUCUAAAGACGAGUAAUAUCUUAACUCGUAACACAUUUAUAAAUAAUAUUCAGGGACAGUGGCGGAUCUACAGUGUGUUGAGGUGGGGCACGUGCCCCAUACUCACUAUUAAUAAUUACUCAGUUAAUAACAAUAUUAUAAGAUGUAUUAGCUCAAUUGGUUAGGUGUGCCCCAUGUAAACUCUCCUGAGUCAGGUUCAAUGCCUUCUGUCUUCCUUCAUGAGUCUUCUAACGCAGGCUAAGCGAUGACCCAUACUUGGGUACGUGUAUUUGAUGUAGAAAGUUGCAUCUCUGGCCAUGAGUCUCUGUCUCUCAUUUGGCGGCUCCACAUUUUC